CAGUGACACAGCCACAGACAACAAGCUCUCCAAUUCAACCGAAUUCUAUCAGUAUCUUCGUCAUCAAUCAAGCAGAAGAUAAGCUAAAUGGCGGAGAAGCAGGGCGACGAGUGUGGCAGCUUCAGCGCGGAGGAGGUGAUCGCCAAGUUCGAGCGGCUGACGCGGGACGCCGCGGCCGUCCAGCGGGAGACGCUGCGGCGGAUCCUCGCCGACAACGCCGGCGCUGAGUACCUCCGAGGUCUGGGCCUGGGCGGCCGCACCGACCCGGACAGCUUCCGGGCCUGCGUACCGCUCGCCACGCACGCGGACAUGGAGCCCUACAUUGCGCGCAUCGCCGACGAGGGCGACACCUCCCACGUCCUCACCGCCACGCCCGUCACCUCCAUCUCCCUCAGCUCCGGCACGACGCAGGGGAAGCGCAAGUACCUGCUGUUCAAUGACGACCUCUUCAAGUGCGCUAUGCAGACAGGCCAGACUAGCUUCGCUUUCAGGAACAGGGCUUUCCCCGUGGAAGACGGAAAGUCGCUGCAGUUCAUUUACGCCAGCCGGCAAUUCAAGACCAAGGGCGGGCUCACGGCGACGACGGCGACCACCAACGUGUACCGUCACAGGGACUUCAAGGCCCACAUGCGGCACACCCAGUCGGAGUGCUGCAGCCCCAGCGAGGUGCUCUUCUGCCCGGACUUCGCCGAGUCCCUCUACUGCCACCUCCUCUGCGGCCUGGUCCUCGCCGACGACGUCCGCACGGUGUCCGCCACCUUCGCCCACAGCCUCGUGCUCGCCUUCCGGACAUUCGAGCGGGUGUGGGAGGAGCUGUGCGCCGACAUCCGCCACGGCGUCCCGUCGCCGACGCGGGUCACCAGCCCGGCCGUCCGGCGGGCCGUGUCGGCCCUCCUCGUCGCGCCGAACCCCGCCCUCGCCGACGAGGUGGCGCGCAGGUGCCGCGGGCUCGUCAACUGGCGCGGCGUGAUCCCGGCGCUGUGGCCCAGGGCUAGGUAUGUGAGCAGCAUCGUGACGGGGUCCAUGGAGCACUACGUGAAGAAGCUCCGGCACUACGCCGGCGCCCUGCCGCUGGUCGCCCUGGACUACGGCGCGACGGAGGGGAUGAUCGCGGCCAACGUCGAGCCCCGGGAGCCACCGGAGUCCGCCACGUUCGCCGUGCUCCCCAACAUCGCCUACUUCGAGUUUAUCCCUCUGAGCCUCAGGGGAUGCGAUGUAGCCGGUGCCGCGGACGCGCGCUACACGGAGGCGGAUCCCGUCGGCCUGACAGACGUCGCCGUCGGUGAGCAUUACGAGGUCGUGAUGACCACCUUCGCGGGGCUGUACCGGUACCGUCUGGGCGACGUGGUGAAGGUGGCCGGUCUCUACAACUCGACGCCCAAGCUCAAGGUGGUGUGCCGGCGGAACCUCGUGCUGUCCAUCAACAUCGACAAGAACAGCGAGCACGACCUCCAGCUCGCCGUCGACAGCGCGGCCAAGGUCCUGGCCGCGGGCGCGGGGAGGCUGGAGGUCGUGGACUACACCAGCCACGCAGACGUGUCGCGCGACCCGGGGCACUACGUGGUGUUCUGGGAGCUGAGCGCCGAGCCCGACGGCGACGGCCACGUCCUGCAGAGCUGCUGCGACGAGCUGGACCGCGCGUUCACGGACCCCGGGUACGUGGGGUCCCGGAAGGCGCGCGCCAUCGGCCCGCUGGAACUGCGGGUGCUGCGGAGAGGCACCUUCCAGAAGGUGCUGCGGCACUACCUCUCCCUCGGCUCCCCCGUGAACCAGUUCAAGCUGCCACGGUGCGUCGCGCCGUCCAGCUCCGCCGCCGGCGUCCUUGAGAUCCUCGCCGCCAACGCCGUGGAGGCCUUCUUCAGCACGGCCUACGACUGAAGCAAGCAACCGGGCACGUUGCACGAUGAUGGGAAGGAAGGCCGCCGUCGUGGCAGCUCUCAGCAUCAGUCGCAGGCUUGCAGCUUUAAAAGCUCUUGUGUGUGUAGUGUACUGUUUCUCUUUUAGGGCAUGAGCAUCUGUCGAUCUGCUGAGCUUGCAUCUGCCGAUCUGCUUAUCCCUGUAUUAUUAGUUUCCUAUCUGAAGGUUGAUGUGAGGUUACAAUGACAUGUAGAUUCAAAAAAGAAGAGUUCUCUAUAUUUCAAGUCCCUGUAUUAUUAGUUUCCUAUUUGAAGUGUAUUUUACAAUGACAUGUAAAAUACCGCUUCUCUGCAUGCAGCCAGUUGUAGAUUUUUCCCCAUAUUUUAUAACACCUUUUGUAUGCA